UGAGCCCUAAAGCCCCGUCCAGUCAUAGCCCUCUCUGUCGUUCUUGCUUGUCAGUGACUUUUUUUUGGAUGGCUCAAGAAAUGAAACCGUUUUUUGUCCUUUGGGUGGUUGUGGCCUUUUUUGCAACUCAGAGUGGCACAACAGAUGCGACGUCUAGUACCGGAGAACAAACAGCAAGUGCGGACCUCACACCUGUAAAAGCUACAAAAACAGCAAAUCCGGAUGGUUCAUCCACAACACCGAAACCUCCUACAGAUACUCCAACCACAAAGCCUUCGGAUUUAACAACAACAGCAAAUCCGGAUGGUUCAUCCACAACACCGAAACCUCCUACUGAUACUCCAACCACCAAGCCUUCGGAUUCAACAACAACAGCAAAUCCGGAUGGUUCAUUCACAACACCGAAACCUCCUACUGAUACUCCAACCACAAAGCCUACGGAUUCAACAACAACAGCAAAUCCGGAUGGUUCACCCACCACACCGAAACCUCCUACAGAUCCUCCAACCACAAAGCCUACGGAUUCAACAACAACAGCAAAUCCGGAUGGUUCACCCACCACACCGAAACCUCCUACAGAUCCUCCAACCACAAAGCCUACGGAUUCAACAACAACAGCAAAUCCGGAUGGUUCACCCACAACACCAAAGCCUCCUACAGAUCCUCCAACCACAAAGCCUUUAGAACCCUGUGAUGGAAACCCAUGCUCCGAUGGGAGCACCUGUGAGCCUCGUCACAAUCAAACCUUUGAAUGCUUGUGUUUGGCUGGUGAUUCCUAUGAUACUGAAAGCAAGUCAUGUCAGAGUGCCAAAGUUUUUCCUGGACAACUAACCUUGCCUGGCCUCGAAUACAAUAUAAAAAUGGCUGACAAGACAUCACAAGAGUUUAAAAAGGCUUCCUUAGACAUUAACAAAGAGAUUACGAUGGUUUUCAAGGAUGAUACUUCUUUCUCCGGAUCGACAGUGGUGGAAAUCAGUAAGGCGUCGCCUGUACAAAGCAAAGUUUGGUCAAUGUCAGCGAGGGCUUCAGGGACAGUAAAUGCAACUGUAGAGAUCAUCUUCAAAAAAGGUGCUGAGAUUAAAGAAACGGACGUUCUAAAGCAGAUGAAAGCUGCCGUAGACUGUGCGGAUUGCUUACUGAAGGGUGCACAAUUUAAGAACGAACCUUUGUGUGCUUUGAAUCCCUGUGAUAAUACUACAAAAUGCGAACCGCAAGAUGGAGACUUUACUUGCACCUGUUUGGAACAAUUCAUUAAGACAGACUUCGGUAAAAGGUUGUGCAUAGCGUGUCCUAGUGGUAAAAAAGCUAAAGACUCCAAAGAAUGUGUCGAUUGUCCCUUUGGUUAUUCUGGUUUUAACUGUGGGGAAACCUGGAAGCUGAGUUUGGUCAUCGCCGGCACCGUGCUCGGGGGCCUGCUGCUCAUCGCGCUCAUUCUUCUGCCUGUAUUGGUGCACAAAUACUCAAAGAAGGUCUCCAAGAACGAGAAAAGUGGAGACAUGGAGCCAUACGCCAGACUGCCUCCUACCAAGCAAUCAAUGGCUAACGGCGGUUCAGCUCAAAGCCAGCAUGCCCCGUAUAGUGGGCCGGCCAACAGGAUGUCAGGCUUCCCCAGUGCCGGGGCGCCUCGGAUCCCAAGGGCCACCGCCACAAACAGUUGGGAAAAAAGAGCCAACAUGGAGAUGACUCCGAGCAGCAGAGGACAAAACCUGUUUCCAGCGGGGGGGAACUCGCGGCUCUACGACGACCACGGUGACAUGAACCCAGUUGCUCAGUCUCGCCCCCAGAGCAACCCCUACACACAGAAUCAACCUCGCGCCAACCUGUACGGCCAGAGCCAAGGCCACAGCAACCCCUACUACAUGCACGACAACGGAAAGCGGUUUUAAUUAACAGGGCUUCCCCAGCGAAGGUUUAUCCUACAAUAAUCUAAAAUGAGUUUUAUAGGAAACACCUGGGAAUCAGCUCUUUUUUUCUUAGGUAGCUAAAUACCACAAAUACACUAUGAUGGUGAGAGUUUUGAAACCGGAAGUGAAAUGAGCAGAGUCGCAUUGGGUCUUGUGCAAUUGCGGAAAUCAACCAAUCAUAAGCUGUCAUAGAUUAAUCCUGUCCUUGGUUAAAGUUAAGGAUUCGAGAUUCAAGGUAUUUUUAAAGGCUUAUAUUUAUAAUUUGCAAUGUUGAUCAAUUUAAAUAUCAGUCUCUUAAGACUUUUUAAUUGUUAAAUUACUUUGAAAAGAAGAUUAUGUCUUGCUCCUUUAUGAAUUUACAGAUAAAACCUUUGUUGUAACAUGUAUUAUGUUUACGAUGAAUCACAAUUUUUGGUUGUACUCUCUUUUCUUAGUUAUUCCUCCAAAUUUGGACAUGUUAUAUCCCUAUAAAACAUCAAAUUGUUUUUGUCAUUCUGUGUUGUACAACUGAGAGUAUUGCGUAUUUUUAUCACUCAAACAAUUCAAUUCAUAAAAUAAAAAGCAUUAUUUCGAAAUAGUUAUUUAUACCA